AUUAUUAACGACCAAAUAAGCAAAUCAACCAAACACCAAAAAGUUCUAAUUUACAUCAUUUGAAGACCAUAAAUUUCGACAUAAUAUAUAGUUCCACUUCCACUUUUCCAAAAUCGCUUUCCGGGAGCAAAUGGACGAAAAACAUUUUAAAUAAAAUCGGCAGAGAGCAUGUUAGGCCAUGCUCAGUGUAGGAUUUCAUAGUUACUAUUCUGUCAGAACAGGCUAAACGGGGGCUGUUAGUAAGUACGAGUAUCAUGUACCUUCGCAGGGCUUUGUACGCCUUAUUACUAAGUUGAGAAAACUUCUUGCAAUAACUCAAAAACGGCUGGAGCGAUGUUCGCUAUAGUUUUCAUUAAAAGUAUCUAUUAAGCUAUUGUUUUCCGAUUUUUUUGGACCUAUGGUUCAAAAGUUAGAGGAGAGGGACACAUUUUUUUUUUCGGAGUGAUUAUUUACACAAAUAAUUGCCCUUACCGGGAUUUGAACCCAGGACCAUCGGCUUUAUAGGCAUGAUCACUACCCACUAGGCCAGACCGGUAAAUCAUUAUGUUCGUAAGCAUUUGGUGGAAUGUGCCUAUUCCAGACACGAUGGACAAGUCCAGCAACACCGACAGGGUGGUAGAGCGUCCAGACCCCGAUGACCUUCAAGCCUUCCUGCCCUGGGCCUGCGCCCAGCUCCAACUGCCCAAGGAUGUCGUCAUCAUCAGGAACCUGCAGAGUGAGUAUCGCCAUCCUUCCACCCGACCCAGGCUCAAGCUUUCCAUGCCCUGGGCCUGCGCACAGCUCCAACUGCCCAAGGACGUGGCGCAGCAAAUAAUGUACGAAUAUGUAAGCGCGGUGACCACCGACCGCGGCAAAGCCAAGGGCAAGUCCAAGCCGCGGGUGCCGUCCGUCGUGGAUGACCAGGAGAAGGAGGGCUCCAGCGUCAGCCAGGAGGAAACCGACCUCAUCCGCAUUCACGCCGUCUACGACUACGCCGACAACCUCGUCAGCCUCCGCUUCGACAAGAACACUAACCUACCCCGCAUGCUCAUGCAGAUCCUCGGCCUCGUCAUCAAGUUCCAAAUCUACCUCACCAGUCUCACCAUCAACCAAGGCUUGAACAAAUACGUCCUCUAUGAGAUCGUCAACUUCCUUCCCAAAUCCAGAAUCACUGAUAUCACCUUAGACAACUGCUUUUUAAGCGAAGGUACUUACUUUACGCUUCUUGAAAACGCUUCUGCUUUAAGAAAUUUAUCUUUAUCCAGAUGCAGAAUUAAUGAUCAGGUUGUAGCUUUGAUAGCAGCUCAAUUAUAUCAUCCGAAACCUGGAUCUGUUACUCUUGUUGUUCUCAAUCUCUCCAGCAAUAGGAUCACAGAUGUCGGUGCGCGAAGUAUUAGAGAAGCAUUGAAGAUGAAUAUAAAACUAGCGUAUUUAAAUCUAGCUGACAAUUUCAUUACUGACGAAGGAGCAGCGGCCAUCUUUAACAUUCUAUCAGAAUUUCCAUUAAUACCACAAGAAGUUAUGAAUAUGAAAAGUAGGCAUAUAGAUUAUUUACGAAACAAGCAAGCUGCGGUAAUACAGAUAGCGAAAGAUUUACGAGUAACGGAUAUGAUUAAAGGUAAAGGAAAGUCGACGCCGCGUUUAAAACCGAAAGGAAAAGACGAUAUAGGUAGUGAAAAGAGCGCUUGUUACUCUGACGCGUAUUUCUAUGAGAAGGCUAAAGCCAUGGCGGAUAGUCUGACGCCUUUUAAAGAUCCGUACAGUUCUGAGAACGUUACUUAUAGGGACGGUGUUACUUAUUGUUUGGGGAACAACACUUUAUGUCUACUGAACUUGUCGUACAACAGCUUGUCUUACCCGAGCGUGGUGAAGCUGCUGGAGGUACUGGUGUAUCAGAGAGACAUGGACAGGAAGCCGAGAGGACUGCUGAACUGCAGGGUGGAGGGGAACCAGCUGCCCCUAGGAUGUAAGGAGAUGGUUCAGAUCGAGGAGAUGCUGGAGUACGCACUCUCGGGCCCGGGCAAGCGGAGCACGGCCCCGAUUAAGAAGAAAGGGAAAUGAAUGUAUAAAAGGAGAGUAAUGGAGAUUAUUACAGUCGUAAACAGCAGAUUGCGAUGUAUUCAGCCACACAUUCUGUGAUAACCUUGCUCUAGGAACGAUGCUAUCAAGCUUAGAAGCAAAAAAUAGUACCUUAGGUGAGACCUAGUGCCCAAUGCAGUAAUUUUUCGAGUUUUAAAAUUAUUCUAAACCUUGUACUGGAUUAUCAAAAGUUGCCGCUUGACCUCGCUAGCUAGCACUUAACGGAUUCAUAAUGUUACAUA